UCGAACGUUGGUUCUCGGCAUAAGCAGAUUCUGCAGUGCUGUGAACUGAAUUCAGUUAUUGCUAUUUUUGUUUGGAUCCGAUGAUGGGCAAAGUACUGAACGUCGUGCUUCUCUAUGUGGCUUGCAUUGCCCUUUCGGGAGUGCUGAUUUGUGAUGAAGCAGUGGGAGAAACCUGCAGCAUAUCCCAGUACGAGGUUACAUACAACUACCGGGACGAACUCGCCCAGUCAACUUGCACUGCUAUGAGUGGCCGGAGAGGAUGGGUGUAUGCAGUGCGCAGGACAUGUGAUGGCGACGGGCCAACUUGCGCACAAAUCUGUAGACGCAGAGCCCUCUCUGCCCAAGAUAGCCAAGUCAGCAGUAGAGGACUGGAAUGCUUUAACGCUCUCCAUGUGUAUGGAGGGAGACCCCAACUAUCUGAAGAUACUAGAAAAGACAUUGCCAAACUCGGUCUGAAAAUAUUCCGCUACAACUCCUGUGAUGGGAAGGGCUGUGGACCAAACUUUUGCUGUUGCCGCUCAAAAUAAAGUCACCAGUUUUAACAUCAGACAGAUUAAUAAAAAAAUGACUGAUUGGUACUAAUAAAUUUGGUAAAGAGGCCUAUCAUCAGCCUUCAUGUAUCAUUGACAUAGCUUUUAACAGAGGAAAAAUUGUAAAAGUUUGACAGUUAAAUUUUGUUAAUUUGACUUUACCAUAUACUGCAAAAGUGAGACUGUUGCAUUAUGAGGACAGGAAAGAUGUAACUGGAGUAUUAUAAUAAAUAUAAGGCUAUUAUAGCAGAAAUGAAAA